AUGAAAUCGCAACGACUGUUUAUUUUAUACUAUUUUUCACUAAUUUUUGGUAUCUUUUAUUUGAAAUACUUUCAUCUUUUGAAAAAUGAAACAAACUUACUUAACCUACACCGGCUGAAACUAUUUUUGAAUUUGAACCCAAAGUUUUUUAAAUACGAAUACGUUCUAUAUUAUGACCCUAAUAAUCUUCUAACUAAGAAGAUUUCAGUGAAGCUAAGCAACUUUUUAUCUUCAAAAGGGCUAUCCUCUUCAUUGUCAAACCUAGAAGCCAGCGGCUUGGAUCUUUUAUCUGACGACUUACCAGACGAUGAAUCCGAAGAUUCUACGGCUCUUGAUAAGAAGUUUGCAAUAGUAGUUAACUACGAGAAUGCCGAUAAAAAAAGUAAAUUCAAUCUCCGUGUUAAGGGCGGAAACACACUGAUUUUCACAAUAAAUUCCACAACAAUUUACUCGGAAGACCUAGUACAAAGAAUAUUUUCUUUGAUUUAUAAAUUGUUCUUUGAUACCAGUGGCCUGAAGAUCAAGGAAUACAAACCAUUCCUUGAUUUGAACUUUGUUCUACUCAGCGACAAAGGACGUGUUUCCUGGGACUUUACCAAAGAUGUCCUUUCUCCAUAUUUGAAUGUCAUUUUGUCCUCAAUUUCUCUAUUCUACGAGGUGAAUUUGCACAGCAGAGUUGUAUCUAACGUUGAUUACUACAAGAAGAUGGUCCUAAAUUCCGACAAAGAAGAAUCAGAGGAGUCUAACGAAGAAGCACUUUUUGAAUUAGGUAACCAGGAUACUAAUUUUUACAAUUUUUUUGAAGGAAUUUCAAACAUUGAUAUUUCAAUGAAGGAUCAACACUCGUUUAGACAUUCACUGAACUUUUUUGUUAUAUUAUCGUCAAAACCGACGUUUCUAAAAGACCCCUUCACGGGCCAGAAACGUGAUAGCUUCACAAUAGAUAAUUUGGGAGUUUUCACUUUUUUGAAUAAUAGAAUUAAAUCAGAUGAGUAUAAGUUAACUGAGGAGGACAUUUCCGAACUGGUGUCGACUUGGGUAACUUACAUCCGACAUAUGCAUAGUCUUCCAGCAAGUUUAAGUGAGUACGUGUUGUGGCUGUGUAACUUGGACGAAAAUCUGAUGAUGGUUUCAGAUAAUGAAUACUUCAUUUCAAAGGGACCAGAUUCCAACAACAUUUCGAUGUCUGACUCAUUCGAACUUACAUUUGACGCGCCAGCGAACGUCUCAUUUUAUCGCUUUGAGCUACUCAAACUUUCCAAGAUUUUCUACCACUGCUAUAUUAAGGGAACGCUCAUAAACUUGAAGAAAUUGUCCCAAGUGAAGAAGGUUUAUUUCAAUAACCAGGUCCCCAAAUCUACCGCAGAAUUUGUCAAGAACACUUUCUACGCGCUCGAACACUCUAUGGGUCACCUAUUCAUGCAGUCAGAAAACUCUCUCGACACUUCAUUUCCUACCCUAGUUUCCAUGGACAUGAACCAAAAGGCUCUGUCCCUGGCCAGGUUCGCCUAUUCUCAGAGUCUUGAGGCGCUCUCUGACGACCAGAUGUUCCCCAAGAACAUUCUUUCUCAUGAACACAACCUUGCUGUCUUUAUGUGCGACGUUUUUCCCUUCGUCUUCCCCGUUUUCGCCUUUUACUUGAGGAUGGGUCUGCAAAACCUAAAGUCACGAUAA